AUGGCAGCAGAAAUCUCAAAGAGGGAGAACCGUGUAUACGUUGGAAAUCUUAACUACGAAGUCAAGAGCGAAGAUUUGAAGUCAUUCUUUCAAGACAACGCAGAAGGACAAGUACUUGAAGUCGCUUCUGCUGAAGUGUUAAUUACACCAAACGGUCUCUCAAAGGGUUGCGGUAUCGUUGAAUUCACUUCACCAGAAUCAGCACAAAUCGCUAUUGAAUCAUUUUCAGACAAGUCUCUUCUUGGUAGACCUGUUUUCGUUAGAGAAGACAGAGAGCAAGAAGCUAGAUUCGGUGCUAACCCAACUCCUUCACGUAGUCAACAAUUCAACCGCGGUCCUUACAAUCCAGGUCCACCACAAAACGCAGCACCAGGUACCCAGUUGUUCGUCGGUAACUUACCAUUCCAAGUCGGAUGGCAAGACCUUAAAGACCUCUUCAGACAAGCUGGUCAUGUCGUAAGAGCUGAUAUCCAAUUGUUCCCAGACGGAAAAUCAAAGGGUAACGGUAUCGUCUCAUUCUCUUCAAGAGAAGACGCCAAUAACGCUAUCGAAUUGUAUAACGGCUACGAAUUCUAUGGUAGACCAAUUGAAGUACGUGAAGACAAGUUUGCAAAUUCACCAAGACCUUCAAGAACACCAUACCAAUUCAACAGAAAAGCACCACAAGGCCCUGCUCCAGUUCCUGCUGCAGCUGCACCAAACCCACAAAUUGUCUCAAAGAAUUUACCUUGGUCAACCUCAAAUGAGGACUUAGUUGAAUUAUUCGAAACUACAGGUGACGUAAAGAAAGCUGAAAUUUUAAUCGAUUCACGUACACAACGUAGCCGCGGUGUAGGUAUCGUUGAAUUCUUCUCAACCGCUGCAGCAAGCGUGGCAAUCGAAAAGUUCAACGGUUACGUAUACGGUGGUCGUCCUCUCGAGAUUGGUUUCUCAUCUCGCCAACACAACUUCUCACCAACUGCAGCCAUCAAGGCUGAAUAA